UAUCAACAUGGCUGCCUCCUCGAGGAGUUAAUAAAGCGGGAAUUGCUUUUGAACAACAAUUGUUUACGAGUUUUGCCUUAUGAACUUGGUCGGCUGUUUCAGUUGCAAACCCUCGGUCUCAAAGGUAAUCCAUUAUCCCAGGAUAUACUCAGCCUUUAUCAGGAGCCUGAUGGAACAAGAAAGUUAUUGAAUUACAUGCUUGACAAUCUAGCAGUCCACCCAGAACAACUCCCCCAAAGAUCUUGGAUCACAUUGAAGGAGCGAGAACAAAUGAUGCCCACAGCUGUGUUCACAGUUAUGUGCUACAAUGUAUUGUGUGACAAGUAUGCAACAAGGCAGUUGUACGGCUACUGUCCCACCUGGGCCCUUAACUGGGAAUACAGGAAGAAAGGCAUCAUGGAAGAGAUCACUAACUGUGACGCUGACAUCAUCAGCCUGCAGGAGGUGGAAACAGAGCAGUACUACACUUUCUUUCUGGCAACAUUGAAAGAGCGUGGAUAUGAUGGCUUUUUCUGUCCAAAGUCUCGUGCCAAACUUGUGUCAGAACAGGAGAGGAAACAUGUGGAUGGCUGUGCUGUGUUUUUCAAAACUGAGAAAUUUGCUCUGGUGCAGAAACACACAGUGGAGUGUGUUUUCAAUCAGGUUGCCAUGGCAAACUCUGAGGGCUCUGAGAUUAUGCUUAAUAGAGUCAUGACCAAAGAUAACAUAGGAGUAGCUGUCCUAUUGGAGGUGAAAAAAGACAUGUUUGCUAGUGAUUUAAAGCAGCCUCCAGAGAAACAACUCCUGCUGGUAGCUAAUGCCCACAUGCACUGGGAUCCAGAGUAUUCCGAUGUGAAGCUCAUCCAGACUAUGAUGCUCCUGUCUGAGCUGAAGAGCAUUGCUGAAAAGGCUUCAGGCUCCAUCAACUCUGCCUCACCCACUUCAGACACCCGCUUCAUCCCUAUAGUCCUGUGUGCUGACCUGAACUCUCUCCCAGACUCUGCCUUUAGACGAUUAGCCAACAGCAAAAACGUCAAGUCCGACGGCAGUAUCACACACAGUUUCCAGCUGAAAUGUGCCUACAAGAGGAAUCUGAUGCCCUUCACCAACUACACUUAUGACUUCAAUGGUGUGAUUGACUAUAUCUUCUUCUCUAAGACACACAUGAGCGUUCUGGGAGUUCUGGGUCCACUAGAGUCUCAGUGGCUGAAAGACAACAGCAUAACCGGCUGCCCCCACCCACACAUCCCCUCCGAUCACUUUUCCCUCCUUGCUCAGCUGGAGUACCUCCCAUCUUUGCCCUCCCUCAACGGGUUGCAUCUGCCUGUCCACAGAAUAACCAACCUCACCGUAGCAGUCACAAUGCGUCACUCCACUGAUUCGCGCAGCUCUCUAGAGCGGAGAAGCACAUCACAUUCGGCGCGCGGAGCUACCAUGUGGAGAGAGGACCACGCACUCACGGCCCGGGGGCAGCAGGUAUGCACAAUGUCUGAUUUAUGUCACCCUGUUUCACCUGUGUCUGCCCCCGAGCCCGUUUAUGCAUCCAGUGCAUUUCUGAGCGCCGUGCACUCUUCGGGCGCUAACCUAGGGUUAUUUUUGCGAGGCAGCGGUUGUGUAACUCUUAACCCCGCCCUCGGCAUUAUGGACCCAGCGGCCCAACUCGUGGGUUUGCGUCAGGGGAGCCAAACCGUGGAGGCUUAUAUUAUGGAUUUUUGUGUCCUGGCGUACCAGGUGAAUUUUAAUGAGGUGGCUCUGAAGACCAUUUUUCAAUGUGGACUGAAUGAGCCAACCUCAUCAUUAAUGCCUGGUGGUCGCUGCCCCCUUAACCUGGUUCAGUUUAUUGACCUCGCCCUACUGUACUCUGGUUCCUCGUUCACUGUGGGGGAGGCAGACACUGAACCAGCGCUCCACACCACGGCCCCCGUCUCGAAGCCUACCACGGCCCCCGUCUCGAAGCCUACCACGGCCCCCGUCUCGAAGCCUGUAACGGCCCCAGUCUCGAAGCCUGGCACGGCCAGCGAGUCAACGCCCAUGCCCGCCACGGCCAGAGAGCCAGCGCCCAUGCCCGCCACGGCCAACGAGCCAGCGCCCAUGCCCGCCACGGCCAACGAGCCAGCGCCAUGCCCGCCACGGCCAACGAGCCAGCGCCCAUGUCGGCCACGGUCAGCGAGCCAGCGCCUGUAGCCUCGACCGCCCCAGAGCCAGCGCCUGUAGCCUCGACCGCCCCCAUGGCCACAUCCCCUGUUGGCCGAAGACGUCAGAGAAGGAAGAGGGCCCCUUCUCCCCAGUCUCGUCUUGUGCUCAAGACCGCAGAGGUUCCCCCAGAGUCUUCCACGGCUCUGCCGGGUUCUGCUCCGCCCCCAGAGUCUUCCACGGCUCUGCCGGGUUCUGCUCCGCCCCCAGAGUCUUCCACGGCUCUGCCGGGUUCUGCUCCGCCCCCAGAGUCUUCCACGGCUCUGCCGACCUCUGCUCGCCCCUCAGAGCCCUCCCGGGCUCCGCCUCUCGAGCCUCCCAGGGCUCCUCCUCUCGAGCCACCCAGGGCUCCUCCUCUCGAGCCUCCGAGGGCCCCUCCUCACGAGCCUCCUAGGGCUCCUCUUCACGAGCCUCCCAGAGCUCUACCCCUCGAGUCUUUCAGGGCUCCAUCCCUCAAGCCUCUCACGGCUUCGCCUCUCGAGUCUCUCAGGGCUCCAUCCCUCGAGUCUUUCAUGGCUCCACCCCUCAAGCCUCUCACGGCUUCGCCUCUCGAGUCUUUCAGGGCUCCACCCCUCGAGUCUUUCAUGGCUCCACCCCUCAAGCCUCUCACGGCUUCGCCUCUCGAGUCUUUCAUGGCUCCACCCCUCAAGCCUCUCACGGCUUCGCCUCUCGAGUCUCUCAGGGCUCUCUCAGGGCUCACACGCUCGUUCUGUCCCCUCACGCUCCUCGCAGCCGAGCGCGGCCGUCAGGAGCCGUCCUAUUCAGAGGGGGGAGUACUGUCACGAACCCCGCUCCUCUACCCCAUCUCCGCGUUCGCGAGCACGCACACAUGCACUCCGCGAGCGUGCUCGCUUCUCGCUUCCCGCUACCUCGCUCCGCCCCCUUGAGCCCGUACGCUCUGUUUCCUCCCUCGCGAGCUCACACGCUCGUUUUGCUAUUACGAGCUCUCACUCGUAAACUAUCUCCUCCCUCUAGCGCACUCGCCUCAAUCAGCCUGAACAUUAUGACCACUUGCACUCACGCGCUUCUCGUCCCCACACAUUAGUAACACCUGCACUCGUCUCGUCACCUUCAUUGUUUACACCUGUACUCGCCCCAUAAAUACAUUAUCCUUCCGUUUGUUUCCUGUUGGUUAUUGUGUGUAUUUAGUUCCCCGUAUCUUUGCCCCUGCUAGUCUCGUCUAGUUCUGCCCCUGCUAGUCUCGUCUAGUUCUGCCCCUGCUAGUCUUGUCUAGUUUUGACCUCCCCACCAUUUUUCCUCUUAGCUUGCCAACUCGUUCCCCUGUCUUCGUUCCCACUUGUUAUUGUUAUUCAGAUUACCCUGGCUUUUGACCCUACGCUUCCCUUGACCAUUCUUCACUUGACUUGCCCCUUUUUGUACUGUUGCACUGCUUUUAUCACAUUAAAAGCAGUUCUCACCGACAUUGUGACUGUCUCUACUUGUGUGUGUGUGUGUGUGUGUGUGUGUGUGUGUGUGUGUCGGGUUACACUUGCAAUGAAAUCCAGAUAACAUCCCGGCACUGAUGCAAAGAUAACAUCCCGGUACUGAUAUGUACUGACACAAUGCAAAGAUAACAUGGUUCUCAGUAACAAGAAAUUUGAAAAUCAUAGACAAUGGAAUCUCUGAUUGGCCAAGGUGAUUGCUAUUAAAUUGCAAUCUAUAAUUGCUUCUAUUGUUGACCUAGCCAUUGUCAACUCUAGAUAGGACAUUAUCUCAUUUGUUUGGCAUAAGUGUACAUAUCAAGAGCAUUGCCAUUGUUGGAGACAGUUUUAACUCAAUGUUAUAUCUGUCCUUUUUUAUGGUUCUUGAGGUCAGCCAACUAAGAUAUCAGCUUUCACUAAAUGACACUUAAUUGACUUUGCAUAAACUGAAGUUUUAGUAUUUCUUUUUCUAAAAAGUGUACAAAAUUUCUGCCAUUGCAAAGUACUUUUAUAAAAUUAUAGACUUCACAUUUUGGUCUUUAAUCCCUCCAAAAAUUGGCCCCAAUCAUUUCCAUUGUAAGUGCCUCACUGUAAAAUCGAUUUAGAUUUGAGUCGAAAAUUAUUUUUUGGUAAUCAACAAUAUUCCACAAAUUCCACUGAAUAAGCUUAACUUGUAUUGAACCCGGAAUAUUCCUUUAAUAAACUAAAACAUUUCUCCAAGCUAGCAAUCAUUAAAACAUCUUAAACAAGAUUUUGUGCUUCGAAAAAAUGCUGGACCAAAGCGUUUUUAUUCUAAGCACUAUUACUAGCAUAAGUUGCCCUUUGCUAUUUGUCUAUUUCUACACUACAUCUCUGGUUUUAGUUUCAACAAACACACCUAAGCUAUAUGACACCAAGCAAUGUCUAGCUGCCCUAACAUGCUUCAUCAGACUGUGCUUUGCUUAGUGUUUUGUGAGCUGGUAAAUAGUUUCAUAAGGAAAAGAUCAGCGCUACAGAGAGAAAGGCACUGUAAUAUGUGUGAUGCAUGUCCCUUUUAACUUACAGCCAUUCAUCUUAAAAAAUAAAUACAAUAACCAGAAACUCCUACUCCCUGUCAAUUUUGCUGACAAGUCCAUUUUUGGUUAGGAUAAUGACACCACCCUAAUAUUUUACUGACAUGCUGAUUGCCAUCAGAAAAAAAAAAGAACUACAACUAAGCAAUAAAAGCAUUGUAAAAUAUCCACACCCAAUCUUACAAAAUGUCAACAAACACACCUAAGCUAUAUGACACCAAGCUUCACCCAAUCUUACACUCAUCCACUGUAUAAUAUCAUAAGCGGCAUUCUUUUAAAGUUUUACAGAAUAUUAAAAGAAAUACUGAAUUGCAUAUAGAGCACACCACUUUGAUAAAACUGUGCCUAGUCUGAACCAUCUUUUUUACACUGCCUGUGAAAGCAAGACGCUUACAGAAUGAGUCAGCAGCACCAGCAUCCAUUCAUCCAUCUCUUCUCUUCAGCAGAGAGACAUUUUUUGCACUUAAAUAUGUUUGAAACUAAUCAAGUAAUGCCCACAAAAAAGGGUUCCUCACCCAGGGAUAUAUCUGGUUCAUGUCUGUUCUUCAAAUUUCAUCAGAUUGGUGGACAAAUGUUAUUCCCCUUUAAUUAGAAUGUUGCUAAGAGUGAAUUGUGUAUUUAUACCAGCUGAAUAUAUUUACUGACUGCCAAACUCUUUUUAAUCCUGAAUGUUCAGUUUGUGUUUUUAAAGUAGAAAUAAAAGCAUGUGGAAAAUAGUCUUUAUAAUAGUAACUGGUGUUACUAUUGAUGAAGGACUGAUGAAGGCAUGAUUGUUGGGUGAUGUAAAGCAUUGUUUUACCAAGGUACUAUGACUAGAAUAGCCAAACUAGAGAAUUUGUUCCCUGUAUGAUGACUGCAACAUCCUAUAGGCAAUUAUCAUUGACUUUUGUGUGAAACAAUGGCCUUUUCAUGCCAUUUUACUCGGCUGAGGAGCACAGAUUUUGUAAAUCUUGUUUGGUUUAAAAAACAAAACUCAUCUUUAUUGUGGCCUGUAUGUGACCUGUUUAUACAACAAUAAAAUCACA